AUGUCACGCGUGCCAAGUCCACCCGCCGCUCUCGUGUUCAGCAAGCUACACCACCGCUUCCCUCGCGUUCAACUCAAACGUAUACCAUUUUAUGUUAAAUUCACGUAUAUCAUCUAUUACAGGUUGCGCAAUCAUGAAGUGCAAGCGAAUGCUCACAACUACGACGUAUGGUUCGAUUAUGUCCGUUUGAUGGAAGAAGAAGGAUCUGUGGAUCAGACACGAGAGAUAUACGAACGAGCAGUGGCUAAUGUGCCUCCCAUAGAGGAAAAACGAUAUUGGAGGCGUUACAUUUACCUCUGGUUAAACUAUGCGCUGUACGAAGAGCUCAACGUAGCCGAUAUGGAACGUGCUGGUCAAGUAUAUCGGUUCUGUCUGAAACUUAUUCCUCACCGCCGCUUCACUUUCGCGAAAAUGUGGUUAUACGCUGCUAAAUUUGAGAUACGACGAAAGGCGCUUACUGAUGCAAGGAAACUUUUAGUAAGUACGCCGUAA